UAUAUAAUUGGAUAGUAGGGUGUAAUCACUAAGGCUGCAAAUAACAAUUAAUAUCUGUGGAAAGUGAUCAGUUCAAGGAAGGGGUAGAAAAUGAGCUUCCAAGAUCUCCAGAAUUCCGGGAAGCGAUCGUCCCGACAAACUCCUCCUCCGUCGCAGGCGGUGGCAGCCUCUAUAUUCCAGAUCAACACCGCCGUUGCUGGUUUCCGUCGACUUGUGGAUGCCAUCGGAACCUCCAAGGAUACUCCUGAUCUCCGUCUCAACCUGAACAACACAAGACAAAGAAUAUUGAAUAUAGUGAAGGAGACCUCUGCAAAGCUCAAAUCUCUCAGUGAAUUUGACCGUGGCAUUAACGUCGAUCCAAGUAAGAAAAUAGAAGAUGCCAAGCUUGCUAGAGAUUUUCAAACUGUCUUGCAAGAGUUCCAAAAGGUGCAGCAGCUUGCCUCCGAGCGAGAGUCUGCAUUCUCGCCUUCUGCUCCUCCAUCUUAUGUUCCAGCAAUGCAUAGCUCUGGUCAAUAUGCAGCACCCGGUGCUGAACAGGAGAACCAGCCGUUUCUCAUGGAACAGAAAAGGCAGGAGGUCCUUCUAUUAGGAAACGAAAUUGCCUUCAAUGAGGCUAUAAUUGAGGAAAGAGAUCAGGGAAUCAGGGAGAUACAGGAUCAAAUUGGUGAAGCAAGUGAAAUAUUUAAAGAUCUUGCUGUUCUAGUACAUGACCAGGGUGUGGUUAUUGAUGACAUUCAUUCAAAUAUCGAUGCAUCUUCUGCCUCAACAACCCAAGCUAGGGUGCAGCUCUCAAAGGCUUCCAAGAGUGGAAAAUCUAAAUCUUCAUGGUGUUGGUGGGUGUUGGCACUUGUCGUGGUGGUGCUGGUAAUAUUACUCCUCGUCCUAAUUUUAUAGCUGAAAGUAUACAUGCAGCUUCGGCGUGUUUGUUUCGAAAUUGGUGGUGGUUGGAGUUUAAGCAAAAGUUGUAUUAGUUGAGUAUGUGCAGUGGUUUUUUCUUUUGUUCUGGUUUUCCUGUUGAUUCUUAAUUGAUAAAUUGUUUUAAUUGAAGUUUUAUAUGUUGAAAUUUGGCAAUUUCAUU